AUGAGGAACGAGAUUGCUGACUUUCUUUCUCUCGGAACCAUCAAAAGAAAAAGGAUCAGACACCUGCUGGGAGUCGGGGAGCUUUUGUCACAGGGCCAGCAAAACAACAGGCCUCCCCUGCCUUCUGGUUUACUCCAGAAGAAGGAUUCUGUUACUGUUGGAUUAGUCAAUGAGUUGGACUUCCUUUUGAAUCGGAUUCUUCAAUCGAAAUUGGAUUCUUUUUUCCCCAACGUCAUUUCCGUGGUGGGCAUUGGCAGCUUGGGGAAGACAACCCUUGUGAGUUCGGCACAGCGCGACUUUGACCAAUUGUGGGGAGCUUUAGGUUCCAUUCUUAAGCAACUUGUACCGACCGUCAACGAGAUGUUUAGAAACUGUUCUAUUAUGGGCAUCACCAUCAACAUUCACAGCCUACUGGCUUCUGCAAAAUGCUUGGUGGUUAUUGAUGAUUUGUGGUCACUAGAUUACCUAGACUGGCUAAGCAGUUUUUUAGGAAUUAGGGAAACAGCUAGUAAAUUAGUAGCCAGCACUCGGUUUCAGGAAUUAGCAACAUCCAAUCCAUCGAUUGAACUUUUCAAGUUGAGGCACCUGACUGAAGAGGAAAGUUUGGAGCUCCUUGUUCGCAGAGUAUACGUGAAUAUCCCUAAAGAUCCGCAGUUGCACGGGAUGUUAGAAUUUAUUGUGAAAAGAUGCAAAGGCAUACCGUUGGCCAUUAAUGUGCUUGGAAGCUUGUUGGCAACAAAGCAGACAUCAGGUGAGUGGAAGGCAGCUCUUCGUGCUAUGGAGUUGUGCAACGUCCAUCAAGAAGAUAGUUUGCAGCUCUUUUGUUUCCUUUAUUUGGGCCUCUUCUCUGAGCAACCAAGCAUAGAGGUGGAAACACUAUACCAGCUGUGGAUGGCUGAAGGUUUUGUACAACCAAAUAACGAAGAAUCUGCAAUAACAACGGCGGAUGCAGCGGAUCAGUAUCUGGAUGAAUUAGCAACCAGAGGUUUUGUUGACGUUAAUGAAGCUGAGGUUCCGAAUAGCAGCGAUUCAAAUCUUGUCGUCUGCAUGGCAUGA